AUGCCGGCAAAUAAGCGAAGUUCUAUUUGGAAUUAUUUUACAAUAGUUGAUGAAAAUAAAAACAUCUCAAAGUGCGAUAUAUGUAAGCAAGAAUUAAAUUAUAAACAUUCAGUUUCAAAUUUAAAAAAACAUUUUAAACGGAAACAUCCUACAGUAAAUAUUAUUCCUGAAAAUACAACGGCUACCACCGGUACUAACAUAGAUAAUCGUUUAUCCGAAGACAGUGCCGGCUUCGAUGCAGAUGAGAACAAUGAUCAACCAACCACAUCGAAAAAAAUAAAAUUAGAUAUUUUAUCCAGUAACAAACAAAACAUAGAGAGAAGAAAACAGCAAAAUAUAUCUACUUACAUACCAAAGAAAAUUACAGGUAAUAUAAAAAAAAAGAUUGAUUCAAAUUUACUUGGAUUGUUUAUCCUGGACUACCAACCUUUUAGCAUAGUGGAAGAUAAAGGUUUCAGAACGUUUGUAAAUUCGUUGAAUCCAUCCUACGAUUUACCAAAUAGGCAUACAAUAUCGGACACUCUUAUUCCGAUGGAAUACGAAAAAUCAUUACAGGAAACGAAAGAAAAAAUGCAGAAUGUAACGAACGUAUGUUUGACAACAGACUGUUGGACUUCCCCAAAAACAGAGAGUUUUAUGGCGGUGACUUGUCACUUUAUUGACAAUUUUAAAAUGAAUUCCGUUCUACUAAGUUGCGAUGUAUUCGAGGAGAAUCAUACAGCUGUAAAUUUAGCUGAAAGGCUAAAGAAAAUAGUUGCAGAGUGGGGCAUAGAAAAAAAAAUUAUUUUAACAAUUUCGGAUAACGCGAGUAACAUUAAAAGUGCUAUUAGUAAAGAAUUGGGAUGGAAAUUCUUCGGCUGCUUUGCACAUACCUUGAAUUUAGCUGUUAAAGAUGCCUUAAUAAUUGCCCAACCUAUCAUCGAUAAAGUAAAAACUAUAGUUUCGCAUUUUAAACGUAGUAAUUUAUCUAUGACGAAAUUGGCAAAUUUCCAAAAGCAAUCGGGAAUUGAUAUUCCGAAAAAAUUAAUUCUAGACGUAGCCACACGCUGGAAUUCAACAUUUUUUAUGCUUGAAAGAUUUUCAGAGCUCGAAAAUUGCAUUAGAUCCACCUUAGGUCUUUUGGAUGCCAAGUUACCACACAUAAUUCCAGAAGAGUGGAUAGUGAUAAAAGAACUGUGCGAAAUCUUAAAAUAUUUUGAAGAAGCCACAAGAUCGAUCAGCGGUGAAAAUUACAUAUCUGCGUCAUUGGUUAUUGUGUUAAACCGGGGUCUACUAAAUAUCUGCCAAGCCCUUCAUGAAAAAGAAUUUACUCAAUUGUCAAAAGCAUGUAUAAAAUCUCUGGAAAAUGGUUUACGAAAGAGACUGGGGAACGUCGAAUACAGUAAUACGUUAGCAAUAUGUACGUUUCUUGACCCAAGGUUUAAAACAUAUACUUUUCAACACGAUGAUGCCGUUGAAAACAUUAGAAAAAUCGUUACCAACAUCGUUACAGAAAUGGUAACAAAAACGAUUGAAAAGAAAACUGAGAAUACCGAUACCGACUCAACAAGCAAUUUUGAAGAAAAAAAAGAAAACUCAAAUUUGUCAUUGUGGAAAUGUUUAGAUGAACAAUUAGCAAAGUGUAAACCAAAGUCUACCAGUAGCUCGAGUAGAGCGAUCAUGGAAAUUCAAAGGUAUUUAGAGGACGACGUCCUAGACCGACACAAAAAUCCACUUGAAUGGUGGAAAGAAAAUCAAUAUAAUUAUCCGUUUCUAAGUCAGUUAGUGCAACAAAAAUGCUGUGCAUUAGCAACUUCUGUUCCGUGCGAAAGAUUAUUCUCAAAAGCUGGCAAUGUUUUAAAUGAGAGGCGCACGCGACUAAGUGCAAAUAAACUUAAAAAAAUACUAUUUUUAAAUACACACGCCCAGAUGAAAUUAAGAGUUUAA